AUAUGGUUUAAUAUUGCAUGAUUAUUUUAUUUUCAGGUAAACUGGUCUGAUUAAUUAGAUAUAAAUAAAAUAAAUGCAAUGCAGUAAUUUUGCUUUUUAGGCUUGCUACAACAAUUGUGUUGCACUUUGUCAUCAUUUUAUCAGAUUACCUACUUUAUUCAAUAAUUAGUAAUGAUUUUUUUAUAAUUUUAAACUUUUUAUAUACAUAUUAAUUCCAAUUCUAUAUAAAAAAAACAUCAAGACUUAUGUAUAAUAACUGUAUCAUCACGCUAUCAGACCAUCUAAUAUUAGUAAUUUAUUAACUAGUGCUGAUGUAGCUCAAUGACGUUCUGUAUAUUUUCCAUAAAUGUGAUAGUACAUAUAAAUAUAGAUUCAUUUUUCAUUGAACUCUAGAGUUUUUUAGAUCUAUGAUUACAGUUAUAUAACUAAUUCUUAAACAAUUUGUGUAUGUGUCAAUUCAUUUUUUCAACUGUUACCUAUUCAACGUGAACGUACAAUUCAAGAUUUGUUCAGCAAACAAGUAGAUUAAUACCUACUAUUAAAUAGUAAGCAACGUCUACAAACUGAACACACAUUGACAAUUGAAGAUUUGUACAAUAAUCUUAUGAAAAUAUCGGCAAUAACAUCUUAAGCAGUGUAUACAAACUGAACACACAUUGAUAAUUGAAGAUUUGUACAGUAAUCAAAAUGAACAACAGUAACAUACAAAAACCGAAUAAUAAAAUAAUAAUUAUUGAUUUUGAAUUCACAAACUAUCAACGUACUGAUUUAAUACUUAUUUCUGCAGCAAUAUCACAGACUCAUACUGAAUCAAAAAUUAAACGUUUGCGAGGUCGACCAUUAAUAAUAUCACCUGAUGGAAGAAUAACAUUAAUGAAUAAUUUUACCUAUUUAAAAACCAGAGAUUUGUUACUAAAAAUUUUUGAAAAGAAACCAGAUCAACUUCAAUAAAAUGCAGCGAAAUCUAGUUACAAAAAAAACACGUAUGAACAUAAUUGGAAGCGGACUCAUUCAGUUAGAUCGGUUUAAAAAAUGUUCAAAAACGUAUGUCUUAAAAAAUGAUUAUAACUUUAUAGACUUUAAACAAUUUUUUGACUAUGGUUUUGAUAUGAUAGUUUGUAAAUUAAAAAAAAUGGCACAGCAAUCAAGUAUUAAAUUUAACUUGUAUCUCGACUGUGUUUACGUGCAUGUGGUAACACAGGAACGUCGAGAUAUUUCAUUUAAAACCGAGAAUAUGUUAGCAUUUACAAAUUCAAAUUUCGAAAAUUUAUUAAAAAAAAUGUUUAAUAAACUUAUUAAGGAAGAAUCUGACUUUGUCACUAGAGGGAGUGUUUGGAGUUUAGAUUCAAUUGAUGUCUUACAGUUAAGAAUUAAUAUUGUAAACCCGUUAACCGGAUCUAGUUAUUUAAUUUUACCUGACUCAAUACGUAAUAAGAAAGCUGUUAUAAAUGUACAAAACAAUGAUGAAAAAUGUUUUAAAUAUGCGAUUUUAUCUAAGUAUAAUAAUCAAUCAAAUAAAAGUCGAUUUAAUAACCAAUAUUUUAAAAUGCUUGAAAAGAAAAGUGAUUUAAAUUUUCACUGUAUCGAUUAUCCGACACCUGUCAAACAAAUUAAAAUAUUUGAACGUUUAAAUAAUUUGUCAGUUAAUGUUUUUAGUUUAGAUGAUACAAAUGUUGUUUUUCCAUUAUAUAUGAAUAAUGUAGAAAGUAAAAAUCAUUUCGAUCUGCUUUUGAUUAAUCGUGGUGAAACAUCGCAUUAUUGUUUUAUUAAUAACUUUAGUAGACUUAUUAGUCGACAAAAGACAAAACAUGAAUCUAAAUUAAUUAUAUGUAAAAGAUGUUUUACAGUUUUUAGUAAUACUCCUUGUAAAUAUAAAUUGUGGGGUGUUCAUGGAUAAAAAAAACAUAAAAAAAAUUGUGGGAAACACAAACUAGGAAGACCUGUAAUGUUUGAAGACGGUGAUGACGAUUUUAUUUAUUUUAAAAAUUUUAAAAGAACGCAACGAAUACCGAUAGUAAUUUAUUCUGACUUUGAAUGCUAUUUAAAACCUAAAUUCACCAAACAAAAUUGUAAAAUUAAAACACUGAUAACACAUAAACAUAAACCAAUGAGUUAUGCAUAUUACGUGAAAAUAGAUUAUAAUAUUAUACCUAAAUAUUUAAUAAAAAAAUAUAAAAUUCCGACGAAACUUCAUGUUUACAGAAAUCAAAAUGCUGCAAAACAUUUCAUAAAGACCAUGAUAGAUAUAGGUACAAGGGUUUAUAAUCUUUACCAAGUAAAUAUAUCUAUGAAUAAAUUAACUAAUGAUGAGGAGCUUAAAUUUCAAAAUACAAAAAUAUGCGAUUGCUGUUCCAAAUCAUUUGAAAAAAAUAAAUUAAUUAAAGUAAGAGAUCAUAAUCAUUUUACAGGACGUUUCAGAUCAGUUGUUUGCUUAAAUUGUAACUUUGAAUUGUGUAACGUUUCGUUUCUACCGAUAUACUUUCAUAACUUAGCCUAUGACAGUCAUUUCAUUGUUCGUGAACUUGGAUGUAAUGAAAAUGAUAUUCAU